AUGAAAACCAUUUACAAUGUACGUCAUAGGAAUAAUGUUAUUGAGAAAGAUGGGAGAUCACAAAUGCAAUAUUUGUUGGGUGAGUUAGAAAAGCAUAAUUACAUUGAGCGGCAUAGGUGUGACAACAACACGAUGACUGUCACAGACUUGUUUUGGGCACAUCCUGUUAGUUUAGAUUUGCUCCGUUCAUUUCCAAAGGUGUUGAUCAUGGACUGCACAUAUAAGACAAAUCGAUAUCGUCUUCCUCUUCUUGAGAUAGUUAGAGUGACAUCCACUGAUAUGUCAUUCUCCGUAGCCUUUGCAUAUCUCCAAUUUGAGCGGAUUGAUAACUACGUUUGGGUGUUAACUACAUUGCGUAGUCUUUUGGAUGACAUUGUUAUUCCUGAGGUGAUUGUCACGGACAGGGAGCUUGUUUUGAUGAAUGCUAUUGAUAGGGUAUUUUCUACAUCUCGACAUUUAUUAUGCAGAUGGCAUAUUAGUAGAAAUGUACUGGCGAAAUGCAAGAAAAUGUUUAAGAGUAAGGAGGAAUGGGACAAGUUUAUCUCUUUAUGGAAUUUCUUAGUACUCUCCUCAACUGAGCUUGAAUACAAUGAACAUCUUGCUAGGCUACUUGCGGAUUUUGAUAUAUAUCUUGAGGCAGUGCAAUAUGUGUCACAAAGUUGGUUAAUUCCAUAUAAGGAUAAGUUUGUUGCCCAUGUUGAUAUUAAGGCAUCGUUUGAGAAGAGUUUAACCAUUGUACAACACCAGUUCAAACCAUCCCAUUUUAGAGAGCUCCAAGGCAAUAUCUCUAUUGCUGCAUUAGAUCAUGUCUUAGCGGAGAGUAAGCGAGCGAAUGAUGUUGGCAUUGAUGCUUCAGUAUGUGGAUGUGUUGUUCGACGAACACACGGGUUACCGUGUGCCCAUGAGAUUGCGGAUUACAUCUGGCAGGGUCGUUCAAUACCACUUGAUAGCAUUAACCCACACUGGAGGACUCUUGAGGUAGUACAUAAGUUGAAGAAUGAUAAAGUGGAAUUGAGGUGUGAACCAAAGUUUGAUAUGAUACUUAAGCAAUUCAAUGCAUUUGAUUACACUACGCAGUUGGAAAUUCUGCAUAAGUUAGGAGAGAUUGCAGAUCCGCAAAGUAGUUUUCUCAUUGAGCCGGAUGUGAAGCCUAACCCUCGAGGUAAGGGACAUAAGAAGAUAGAUGUAUCUACGCAUCGACACCCUUGUGCAUUUGAGCUAGUUCAGUCUGGACAUGAUAGCCACUCACUAAUGGGCACCCAGAUCCCCACACAAGAUUCUGUCAAAGUAUAUCGGACGCGUACAAAUAUGACUUAUUCAUAUGUUGAUGCCCUUCCAGUUGGAUUGAAGCCUUACAUACGUCUUAUCAAGGAUGUAGAUGCCGAUGGCAAUUGCGGGUUUAGGGCCAUUGCUGGCUUGAUAGGGUUUACAGAGGCUGAAUGGGGUCAAGUCAGGCGUGAUCUCCUACAGGAAUUGCACACACACAUAGACCAUUACACUCAUCUAUAUGGUUCACAUGACAGGAUUGAAGAGCUGACCCAUAUUCUAUCAUACUUUGAGCCCAAUCCAGGGUAUCACCGUUGGAUGACUAUGCCUGACAUGGGUCAUCUUAUUGCAUCUUGUUAUAAUGUGGUAUUGUACCACUUAUCUGCACAACAAUGCCUUACUUUCCUCCCCCUACGAUCGGUGCCAAUAUCACAACUUCAACGGCGUGAGAUUGUUAUUGGGUUUGUUAAUGGGAAUCAUUUUGUCCAGGUGUUCAUGUUACCAGGUCAUCCAGUUCCACCGAUAGCUACCAAUUGGUGCAAGUUUCAUCAUUCUUGUGCGACUGGAUGGGAUACUGCAUAUAGUCGCCGAAUUGAGCAUUUUAAAGAAGUUGUUCAUUCAGGGGUAGCUACUAGAGAGACAUUUGAUUGUAUUAACCUUGAUGAGUAA